AUGGUGGUGGAGAAAAGGCCUCUGACUUCGAUGCCGCCAUACAACAAGGUUAUCCACAAGUGCAACCUCUUCGGCAAAAAACGAGAACCCUCAGAAAUUUGGAGAGAUUACGGAGGAGAUCAACUUAAGGAUCAAGACUUGUACUUCUUUUCUGAGCUCCAGAGAAAUGGUUUACGCAUCCAACGCAAGACUGGCCGCGGUACUUGGAGCGAAACCGUAACCUACCAAAAUGUUAAGGAGGAGGUGGAUGAGAUUAAUGGAAAAUCUAAUCUUGAUGUUAUAGGGAGAAAACGGAAAUUCCGGUAUGAGAACGGCAGUACUUCGGAGGACCACGCGGGCUGGCUUUUGGAUGAAUAUAGCCUUUUCAAAAAGGCUUGCAAGAAUGGCACAAGUAGUAAUUGCUAUGAUUUUGACGUUGUGAUUUGUCGGCUGAGAAGGAAGGGCAAUAUGGACAAGUCCGGGAAAAAGAGGAAGUGCUGUUCUCAAGAUCAAUCAAACAAGAAGAUGAAAAGAGAUCAAUCUACAAAGGAGAUGAAAACUGAAAAUUCAGUGGGGCCGCAGAUUAUGAAUGAUUAG